CUUUGCUUUGAAUAUUGGCUGCUUCAUGACUUUCUCUGUAAUUGCCUUCAUCUUUGAUGUUUAGAAUAUUUAUCUUAAAAAGAAAAUGACACUUCCCCUUUUGAUUUUCUUUUACCAUGCAUCUAUAAAUCCAUUGUACUUGUCUCUUCUAGAUUAAAAUUAACUGUAGUCUUCUCUGCAACAUAUCCAAAAGCUUUCACAGUUCACAAAAUGGUUAGGUCUCCAUUUUGCUAUAGCAGUAGCUUAAAGAAGGGUCCAUGGACACCCGAGGAGGAUGAGAAACUAGUAGAUUAUAUCAACAGAAAUGGUCAUGAAAGUUGGACAAAUCUGCCAAAGCUUGCUGGGUUGAACAGGUGUGGCAAGAGUUGCAGGCUACGAUGGAUAAAUUAUUUGAGGCCUGAUAUAAAGAGAGGAAAGUUUUCUCAAGAAGAAGAACGGCUCAUAGUUAAUCUUCACUCAGUUCUUGGAAACAAGUGGUCAAGGAUAGCUACGCAUCUUCCAGGACGAACAGACAAUGAGAUAAAGAACUUUUGGAACACCCACAUAAGGAAGAAGCUUCUGCAAAUGGGAAUCGACCCUAACACACACAGGCCUAGAACUGAUUUCAAUCAUCUUUCGAAUCUUUCUUUCUUGCUUUUUGGCAAUUUGACAAGUCCUUGGAACAAUGUUUUUAAGUUACAGCAUUCAGAUGUUGCUCAUUUAAUCAACAUUCGGUUGUUGCAUAAUCUAUUACAGAUUACGAAUACGAGAUCGUUUCCUAGUAUUACUGUUUCAGGAGGAACUCAAAAUCUUAACCCACUUGAACAACUACUUAAUAAGACUGCUACAACAUCCUUGUAUAUCGAGGAACCAUUUCCAAGAACCGAGGAUCUUCCCCUUCAAGCACCCACUGAAGUCACAGAUGCUGCCAAUAUAUGGGCAGCCCUUGAAGGUGAAAUGUUAUUGGACCUUGACAUGGAGAAUAACAAGUUGAUGAACAGUUGCUGUGAUACUCAAAUAGGAAACUCACUUCUUGAUCAGUUGAUCUCAGCCUCAUCCUCAUCAUCUCCUGAGUCUUCCAUGGUCAAUCAAAUGGAAAGCAAUGGUAACCCAUUAGACGACAAUGAAGGCUCAGGCUCAGGCUCAGGCUCAGGGUCACCUACCUUUUCAGUGUUUGAUUCUUGGGAGAAACUAAUAGAUGAUGAAAGUGGUUCUUUCUGGAAUGAUAUUCAAGAGUAGGUUCCAUUUUUUUUCCUUCUCCAAUUUGUAUGAGCAAACUUUGAUUCAAUGUUUGUGCAUUUAAGUGAUCAGUUUUCUUUUGCUUUCUCAGCUUGACAUCGUUAUCACAGUCUGCUAGAGAUUUGUUCAAC